GCCAAACAUUGCCUUUCCAUUGGAAAUCUCUCAACAUGCUUACACCGAUUGUGGACGACCAGUACGUCGCCGCCAGAGCGUAUUUUGGCGCUGUGGUCGGGCUACUGUUCUUGGAAGGCCUACCAAGACUAGCCUUCUUUUUACUUUUGAAAUAUUCGUCAACGGGUAUGUCGCGGCUAUUUCUAUAUGAGACAGAGAGAUGCGCGAACUUCUUCUAACCAGCAAAUACUUUGUAGCAACACGAAAAUCACGUCACUGGUGGCCGACCGUUUGGCUUUACAAACUGUCUUCGUUUCCACUACCUUCGAAUCUCCUUCGAGAGUACCACAUAGCCGAUGUUUUGCGGUUCUUGGUACUCGCUGCCCUCAACAUUGCCUUUGCCAUCAACGAGAACCAAUACACAACCGACUACAAGCUUUAUGGCUGGCUAACCAUUGCAAACGGCGGAUUGAACUUGCUUCUCGCGACGCGAAGCAAUCUCUUUUCCAUCGUUCUACGCCUCCCGAGUCCCGUCAUUCUGCAGUACCAUCGAUGGAUUGGAACCUUUACGUUUAUCCACGCCACUACGCACGUCGCAUUCAACAUUAUGCACGACAUUGAGACGGACCAGAUCGCAAGCCAGUUUGAAAGCCCUCGCAUCCAAGUUGGCAUCCUGGCCUGGAUUUGCCUCUCGUUCAUGUUUUUGUCCUCACUCCCAAUUGUUCGCCGUCGCCUGUUCGAAGUCUUCUACUACAUCCACUUUUUGUUCUUCAUCUUCAUGGUGGGUGCGCUCUACCAUACUACAAAUGGCCCCGAAUUCCUACUACCGGGCUUCUCCCUCUGGGUGGUUGAUCGCGCUCUACGGGUGUGGCACGAUUUCCGCAAGAUUGACGUGGAGAGCGUUCAGUACUAUGCGGGAGAUUUGACCAAGUUCAAAGUGACGGGAGCAUGGAGAGCGCAGCCGGGACAAAUUGUGUGGAUUCAGCUGCCCAAAGUUUCCUUUCUCAACUGGCAUCCAUUCACGGUGGCACAAGUCACCAAUGACGAUAAGCCCGUCACCACGAUUGCGAUUCGCGGCCUGGGAUCGUACACCCGAUCUGUACAACAGCUACCAGGAGCUGGAAACGGCGACGGCGCGAAAAGUCUGCGACUUCGUGUGGACGGACCGUAUGGUAUUGGCAGAUUCAACUGGGCCAAGGCACAGCUUGUGGUUCUUGUGGGAGGCGGUGUUGGCAUUACGCCAGGACUGAGCAUUGCCUCUUUUAUUCUGCAAAACGCACACAAGGACGCUACCUCGAAACAGGUGCACUUGCUUUGGAUUGUCAAAGAUAAAAGCCAUGUGGCAUGGUUUGCAGAGGAAUUGAAGCAGUUGUAUGCUCUGUCGCAGCAAGACGGGUGUACUGUUUCAUUUUCCGUGAUGAUCCACGUUACGGAUUCGCUGAGUGGCGGUGAUUCGACGCUUGAAAUGCAGCCAAAGGAAACCAACAGUGUUGAUGACAGACUUCCCUGGGAUCUUCAUACUGGACGGCCCAAUAUGGGCGCUUGGAUCAGAAACAUCAAGAGUAACAGUGGCGCAGUGGACGCCUGUGUGAAUCUCUGUGGCCCUGCGAUGCUGCUCUAUGAGGCGCGAAAAGCAUGCAUUUCGGAAAGCGAUGCAAAAACCAUCUUUUAUGUAGAAGACGAAGUAUUCCACCUGUAGAAACCGAUAUACUGAAUAAAAAAACACGCUAUUGUCUAUCCCCUGUUGUUGCGUGGUGAAUGUGUAUACAGUGAUUGGCGGGCUGAAUGCAGC